AAUUUUGAUAAGUACAUUGCCAAGGCUCAAGAAGUCCGCGAGAUUAUUGCCCACUACGACCCGCGAUUCGAAAGUGCUAGCAUCGACGAGGCGUAUCUCAAUAUCACGGAGUAUUGCAGCCCAAAGCCAUUAGCCCCGAAGAUGCCGUCCAGCAAAUGCGACGCGAGAUCCAUGAGAAGACGAAGAUUACAGUCUCCGCUGGCAUUGCUGCCAAUGCAAAGCUCGCCAAGAUUUGCUCCAACAUGAACAAGCCGAACGGGCAGUAUCUGCUGCCGAGCGACCGGGCGUCCAUCAUGAAAUUCAUGGGCAGCCUUCCCCCACGGAAGGUAAAUGGCGUUGGCCGGGUCCUCGAGCGCCAGCUGACGGAGAUCGGCGUAACAACCUGUGGCGAGAUUUACGAGUACCGACAAUAUCUCAAUCAAUUGUUUGGCCAAAAAGCGUUUGAAUUUCUGAUCCACUGCUAUCUCGGCCUGGGGCGUACCAAGAUCCAGCCGGCAGAAGAGUACGAGCGCAAGAGUGUAGGCACAGAAAGCACGUUUCACGAUAUGUCAGAUCCAACACAACUCACGGAGAAGCUGAGAUGGACGGCCGACGAGUUGGAAAAGGAUAUGAAGAGAGCCGAGGUCAAAGGCCGUACUCUGGUGCUGAAAAUCAAGCUCCACACAUAUGAAGUUUUCACAAGGCAGGUCGUCACGCAGAAAUCCAUUUGCCUCGCAGAUGACCUCUUCAACCACUCUCUGCCUAUUCUCACCAAGCUGCAGCAGGAGAUACCCGAUAUGAAGCUCCGCCUCAUGGGCCUGCGGAUGACGCACCUGGUGAGCACGAAAAAGCCCGAUACAAUGGCGUUCUUCGGCUUUCGAUCACGGAAGGACAAUGCUGCAACAGGAUCUCCGAGCAAGUCUGACGCGGAUGGCGAGAAACUCAAUACUCAAGGGGUGACGGACGACGAUGGCUGGGAACAGUGGCCGGAGGAAGAGCUUUUCCAGCUCGAUGAGGAGCUACAAGAGCAGGCGAACACUGCCGCAGAGGAAGUCGAGGACAGCGUGUCAAGUCCCUUUCGACGUCACGGCAAGGAGAUUCUUCCAAACCCAAUCGACGAGGAUGCUCCCGUCAGUGAUGCCGAACUCUGGGACUGUCCCAUUUGCGGCCGUCCACAGGCGCCCGACGAGAGGACGUUCAAUGAGCACAUUGACCUGUGUCUGUCUCGGCAGACCAUUCGGGAGGCAGUUCAGGAGGAUGUCGCUCCACUAGCGGCCGCUUGCAUCAGGUCAAGCACCCCUGAACCUAAAAGGACAAAGCUGGGGAAUGACAGGAAGCGGGGAAGGCCGUCGAGUGCGAAUGCUGACCCUCGACAGAAGAAGCUCUGUUUUGGAUCAUAGAGUGAUUGGCAAAGAUAGGUUUCGAGUUGACGAAUGAUACCCAUGUUGGAUGAUAG